CGCGGAAGGAACUUCAAAUUGGGAGAGCGCGAAAACCCUAGCGGAGAGAGAGUAUGGGGAUCGAUCAUCAUCUGCAUCAACAUCAUCAAGCGGCCGAUGGAUUGAUGAAUUUGUUCACGAAGGCCAAUCUCGAUCUCUCAGUAGUUCAGUACAGGCUCGAGAAGGAGUUUCAGCAAAUCUAUCCUGAAAGCGCGAAUCCAAUGAAGUUAGUUUCUAGGAUAAAGAAGAUACAGGAUGAUAUAUCAACAUUGAAAGAGCAGUGUCGUGAAGUUUUGACAGCUAAACAGGAUGUAAUCGAUAAGGCGCGGACGGUUCUGCUUGGGAACAGAAACAUGCUGCAAAAAAUGCAAGCAUCUAUGGGCAUACCCUUUGUUAGCGACCUCGAUGAUCCUGCAUUGGCGGAAUUCAAGCAGAUUACCGAGGAGUGGACAACACAAGUUCAAUCAAAAUUUGGGGAAGAUGCCCAAGAGGACGCAGAUUGUAGUGAUGUCAACAAGUUGCUAUUCUCGGCCGUGGUGCAGGCUUGAUUUGUAGAGUUUCAAAAGCAAAAUUAAGUUUGCAUGUAUUCAGGUAUUUCUCUACCUAAUUUCAUGAUCUCACCCUGCCCUUCCGUCUACUAAACCUCUUUUACCUUCAUCUUUAUCAAUAUUUGACAAAUUUCUGGAGAAAAACAAAACCCUGAUGAAAACUAGUAGAUUUUAUUUAGAAUUAUUAAAAAUAAACACGUACCCAAGCAAUGGUAGUCUUUGUCAUAUUGUUAA